GGCUACCAACGGCAGCCCCGGCCGCCGCCGCCUUCGCCCCCACCCCUCGAGCGUGCGCCUCCCACAAUCCCCCCCGCGGGACGUUCCAUCGCGCGCGGCUGCCGGGGCAGGGGAGAAGAGGGCCGGCCGCGGCGGGUGCGCCUUGCCACGGCGACAGGACUCGCUUGCGUAGCGAGCGAGGAGACCUAGGCACCGACCUCCCGGGACCGGCCGCCGCGGCGCCGAGGCUCGCUGCCCGCUUCCGGCCGCAGGGCGGGCGGCGCGGUGCCCCUCCGCUGGGCUGUGGUUGGAGCCGCGGCGACUGCGCGUUGGGUAGCUUCCUGCCACACGAGCGGAGUUGGCUUCGCAGUCGCUGGACGGGUAAGCUGGGAUCCGGCUGCUGCUGGCGCGUGCCGGUCACCGCGGUCCGAGCCCUGGUGGUGGACUCCUGGUGAGGGGACAGCCGCGCCGGGGAUGAGAUGUUGGAGGGACAGGAGCGUGUAUCCGAACCGCUCCGAGAGCAAAGGCGAUGCCGACAGGCGUAACAAGGCUUUUCUCCAGGGUCCAGAAGUUGGACCCGAGGUGUUUUUUACACACGAGUGCCCAAGGAGCUCAGUGCAAUCCUGUCCCAGCUGAGCGUCCCAGAGCUGUUUCCCGCACCGGUGACAGUGACCCGGCUAAGCAUGGGGAGCAGCAUGAGGGCCAGUACUACAGCAUCCCCCUCCAGGAUCUAAAGACAGUAUUUCCUCAUGGCCUGCCUCCUCGAUACAUGAUGCAGGUGAAGACCUUCGGUGAGGCUUGUCUGAUGGUAAGGAGGCCAGCUCUGGAGCUUCUGGGCUACCUGAAAAACACCAAGUUUGCUCAUCCGGCUGUGCGGUAUCUUCUCUACGGGGAGAAGGGAACAGGGAAAACUCUCAGUCUCUGCCAUGCUGUUCAUUUCUGUGCGAAGCAUGACUGGCUGGUUCUGCAUAUCCCGGAUGCUCAUCUCUGGGUGAAAAACUGUCGGGAGCUCCUGCCGUCCACCUUCAACAAACAGCGCUUUGAUCAGCCCCUGGAGGCUUCUACCUGGCUGAAGAACUUCAAAACCACAAAUAAGCACUUCCUGAGCCAGAUAAAAGUUGAAGAGAAGUACGUCUGGAAUAGGAGAGAAAGCACAGAGAAGGGCAGCCCUCUGGGAGACGUGGUUGAACAGGGCAUCACUCGAGUCAGGAACGCCACAGACGCAGUUGGGGUCCUGCUGAAGGAGCUGAGGAGGCAGAGUUCCAGAGGACACUUCCGCCUCCUGGUAGCGGUGGAUGGGGUCAAUGCUCUCUGGGGAAGGACCACACUGAGAAGAGAAGACAAGACCCUGAUUGCCCCGGGGGAACUAUCCCUCGUCCACAGCCUGAGGAAAAUGGUGAGGAAUGAUUGGCAUGGAGGUGCAAUUGUGUUGAGUUUAAGCCAAACCGGGUCCCUCUUUAAGUCCAGAACAGCGUACUUGCCGCAGGAGCUUCUGGGAAAGGAAGGAUUCGAUGCUAUGGAGCCUUUUCUUCCCAUCCUUAUUUCCAACUACAAUCCAAAGGAAUUUGAAAGUUCUUUUCAGUAUUAUUUAGAGAAUAAUUGGCUUCAGCACGAGAAAGCUCCAACAGAAGAAGGGAAGAAGGAGCUGAGGUUUCUGAGUAAUUGCAACCCCGGGCAGCUGGAGCGGCUCUGUGCCUCCCUGUAAGCACCAACAGAGACAGCAUUCCUGGAAGAUGCAUUCCUUGCCCGCUACCUCACGUGAGGAAGGCCCUAGAUGCACACGCGGAACAGCCUGACCUGAAGUGAUGGGGCAUAUGGCAAUAGGAUGUCCGUUGUCACGACAACUGAUUGCAAUUUUUUUGUGUGUGGUUUUCACAUUAAAAGUAGAUCUGUUUCUAA